AUGUCCCGGGUUGUCGGACUUGGACACCUCGGCGCUGCUCAAGCUCAACCAGGCGAAUUCGACCAAGUUGACGCCGCUCAGCAAGCUGGUGGCCCGGAUCAGCGAGCUACAGGCUCUCGCGGCGAGUUCGCCGAUACUCUUGAAGAGCAUGGCAAGGGCGAGGUUGUCGUGGGUCCCGAUAACUUCACCGGCGAGGCGCGAGCGAUUCCGGGCUACCCUCUCGGCUGCCCCGUGUGGAUCGAGUGGCGGUAUAUCCCGUCGUCGCUUAGCGAAACCGCUGUGGAAAACCUGACAGAGCGAGUCCAGUUUCUGGGUAAUAUCCUCAAGACGACGAGCGACGGCCACGAGGCCGUGUUCUGGAUCCCCAAGUUUGUAGGUCUGUACGAGGACCUUCAACACGCCAAGAGGUUGAGUGGCCAAGAUUCGCGCUGGGGCUUCCUGUACACUGUCCCCGAGAUUGCCGACUACGACUUGGACCCGGUGCUCGACAUGGACUUCCGACAGCACGAUCCCGACUUCGUGCCCAACCCGAUUUCCCUCCGGGACAUGAUGAACCGCGACACGAGGCUGAAGCGCUCGAGCAAGACGCCGCCCCCGGAGCCCGGCGACCGCGUCAAGCUAGCCAUAGCCCUCACCGGCACCUUCGCGCAGCUACACGCCGCCGGGUGGCUGCACAAAGGCUUGACGAGCGACAGGAUCUGGUUCUUCCGUCGCAAGAAUGCUCCGCCUCGCGAACUGCCCGACAUCUCGCGCCCGUUUAUCACCGGCUUCGACCUCUCGCGCCCGCAGGCCACGAGCUCGCUGUAG